AUGUUCACUGGAGGCGGUGGAAGUUCUGAAACUGCUCCAGCUCAAGCUGCCCCUGUUCCAGCUGGAGCUCCUCAAGGACAAGCUUACGCGAACCCAUGUGAAUUCGAAUGGAAACAAUUCAUUGAGUGCACUCAAGCUCAGUCGGACGUGUCACUAUGCAAUGGAUUUAACGAGGCUUUCAAACAGUGCAAGGCACGUUAUGUUAGCUAG